CAUUAUUGAUUUCAGAGUUCUGCAUUAGUUUCUGCUUUACUUUUUCUGUGCUUGAGCAUGUAGUGAAUUAGUACGAGUUCAAUUAUUAUUAUCAGGUAUGCCCAUAAUACUUUCAAAGCUGGGAUGAUUUGUUUAAAUGAGUGAUAUAUAGCCUGCAAAUAUUAUAUUUUUCAUUAUAAUAUAUUAUAUCAUACAAGUGGCAUUUCUUGCCAUGAAGAUUCGUACCAAACGAGCAAAGACGAACAAAGUACAAUUUUUGACUAAGUCUACAUAUAUCAGGCGACUUUUCAGUUAGUUAAGCUAAUUUGAUUGAUGAUUCCUGUAUCUUGAAAUGUAAAAGCUGGCAUCAGUUAUCAGCUGAUAAUUGAGCGCUUGGAAUUCACAAUCGGCAAGUGAACUGUACUGUAACCUUGAGCCACCCGAUUGAUAUUUUAUUGUCCACAUCUGGAAGAGUUUCCGCAGUCUGUAUAUUCCAUUAAAGCUAUCACUAGUGCAUUCCAAGCGCUGUAUAUUUGUGGUGAUUUAGAAUAACCGUUUCAUCUGGUUUUUCGCAUAAUAUAUCUGGAAUUGAUAUCUGUAUCGACGAAUCGAACAAUGGCCUGCUAUCGGAUGGGACCAGAAACUCACGCCAUUCCGAUGACGUUGUUUCGCGAGAAUCGCGAAAAAGUUAUAGCGGAAUUACGCAAGGGGCGCACCUUUUCCGGCCGCGCUCUGAUACUGCUCCAAGGUGGUGACAACAUUAGCCUGUACGAUACCGAUGUGGAUUACGUUUUCCGACAGGAGUCCUACUUCACGUAUCUGUUCGGUGUAACAGAACCGGGCUGUUACGGCACGGUGGAUGUCGCAUCCGGGGCGACCACGUUGUACAUGCCCCGUUUACCGGCCGAAUAUGCCGUCUGGAUGGGCCCACUACUGACGCCGGAUGAUUUCAGGAAAAAGUACGAAGUCGAUGCGGUGCAUUAUGCGGAUGAGAUUGAAUCCAAGAUAGCAGCACUGAAUCCAUCUGUACUACUAACUCUGGCUGGACCCAACACGGAUAGUGGGCUGCAGGCAAAACCAGCAAACUUCUCGGGAAUUGAGAAAUUCGUCGUUGACUCGGACAUUUUAUUCCCUGUUAUUGCUGAAUGUCGCGUCAUUAAAUCUCCGGCCGAAAUAGAGGUUCUUCGUUACGUGGCUCGUGUUUCAUCGGAUGCGCACAAGCAAGUGAUGAAGCAGAUCCGUCCCGGUUGGCACGAGUACCAGGGCGAAUCGGUGUUCUUGCAUCAUUCCUACUCGGUUGGUGGCUGCCGUCAUAUGUCCUACACGUGCAUCUGUGGAGCCGGAUCGAACUCUGCCAUCCUGCAUUAUGGCCAUGCCGGCUCGCCGAACGAUCGUCUCAUCCAGGAUGGUGAUAUGUGUCUGUUUGACAUGGGCGCCAACUAUGGCGGUUAUACAUCGGAUAUUACUUGUAGCUUUCCAGUGAAUGGUAAAUUUACCGAUGACCAGAAGUUGGUUUAUAAUGCUGUCCUCGCUGCAAGGGAUGCCGUUUGUGCCAGUGCAAAGGAUGGUGUUUCCUGGGUCGACAUGCACCUGCUAGCUAAUCGUGUGAUGUUGGGCGAACUUAAAAAGGGGGGAUUACUGAAAGGCGAAGUAGAAGAUAUGAUGGCUGCCGGAUUGAAUGCGAUCUUCCAACCGCACGGCUUGGGACACCUGUUGGGCCUGGAUGUUCACGAUGUUGGUGGUUAUCUAUCACAUUGCCCGGAACGUCCCAACGAACCGGGAGUUAAUCGUCUACGUAUGGCUCGCAAGCUGAAGGCUGGAAUGUAUGUAACUAUCGAGCCUGGAUGUUAUUUCAUCGAACCGCUUUUGAAUAAAGCAUUUGCUGAUCCUAACAUGAGCCAGUUUCUCAAGAAGCAGGAGAUCGAUCGUUUCCGUAAUUUUGGCGGGGUUCGCAUCGAAGAUGAUGUUCUAAUUACCGAGAACGGUAUUGAGAAUUUCACUUUUGUUCCAAGAACCGUCGAAGAAAUUGAAGCAUGGAUGGCACAGUCCUGAAUGAAUGAUAUUACAAGAUUUAAACGGAUUUUACUUUUGAGCGUUUUGUUAUUUCGUUAUUUCACAUAUUUUCUCUGCAAUAAUUAGUCUGAUAUAAUCAACAAAAUAAAAAGUCUAGUAUAAUAAAAACAA